AUGAGCAGUAUUCAUCUGCUAAUCGGAGAGCUUACAAACCUCUCCACUGAAUCUAAACGUCGAUUCACCGAAACAAGACAUGCUUGUGAUAAAGCAGUAGCAGCACUUAAAUCGUAUCCUAGUUGGGACAUACAAAUCAAGGAUAUUUCACAACCUCAACAUAAACAAGAAAUAACGCGGCCGGUCAUAUUGGCUUGCAAAUCAGGAAAUGCAAAACUCACCACGAUUUCCCUUUCUAUCAUUCACAAAUUGAUUAUGGCGCAAUUGAUCCCCAUUGACACGUUAAAAGAAUUGUUGAAUGCACUUCUAGAAGCUUCUCAUUUGGCUAUUGAUAUUCAAUUGAGGAUCUUACAAUGUUUGCCCAGUUUCAUGCAGAGUUACAGUGAACAAUUUACUGGUGAAUUGUUGUUGAUCCUAUUGGAAAUUUGUUCCAGCUUGACGGCCAACAAUAAGAGUACAGUUGUUAUAAACACUGCCUCAGCAACUUUACAACAAUUGUUUAGUAAUAUCUAUGACAAGAUUAAGGAAUUGCCUGAGGGCGUUGCAGGAACUCAUCAAAUCAAGAUUGACAAUGAUGAGAUUGUAACUGUGGAUGACUUGUCUAAUGAAGGCUACCUUAUCUUUCAAGACUUGUGUCACUUUAUAGAGAAUGAAAAACCGACAUACUUGAAGGAAUCCAUUCAUAUCAAACUAUUGUCAGUAUUGGAAAUAGUGGAAAAUAUAAUCGCCAGUCAUACCACCAUUUUUCUCAAACACCAGGAAUUGGCGUACCUUUUACGAGUCAAAGUGGUUCCAUCAAUGCUUCGAAUUUUGAAUUCCCCACUUAAGCCGUUCCCACUCGUAGAUAGAACCAUGAGGAUUAUUUACGUGUUGUUAUCUACUCAAUUGGAGAACCUUGAAAUUGAAAGUGAAGUAGUAUUAUCGUUCCUUAACCAUCUUCUUCUUGAUGGUAGUGGAAAUACUGCUGCUGGGGAAUUUGUCGAACCAGAUUGGGAAAAGGUAUUAGUCUUGGAACUAUUCAAGGGGUUAUUUUCAGAUUUCCAAGUCAUGAAAAGUAUCUAUACAAAGUUUGAUUACAAUAAAGAUAAAAAGAAUGUGGUUUUGGAACUAUUGACUAUUCUUGGUACUUACCUCUCCAACAAUUCACAAUUACUUCAAGAAGAAAUAAGGCCAAUCCCUAAAUCAUGGAGUGUUUCCUCAGACCAGCAGCAUGUUUACCUUUCAAAGUCAACAUCCGGCUUAAAGACUCUGAUACUCGAUCAUUUGGACAAGUCAGAACCACCCACGGGAAUCCCUCCUACAUACACAAUAUACUUGAUUCAUACCAUUCUUACUCUGUUUUGCGAAGGUAUCGCAAAUUUCGUGGCCAGUUUGUCAGAGGGCCCCGGUGCUGCCGAUUUAGAGGAAGAUGUUCAAUUGAUAAAUGCACUUAUUUCCAGAACUGCCAAGGAAAUCACCGGGUUGUAUCACCGAUUCAUUUACACCAUCAUGGAUGAAGAAUGUUUCCAUUUGUUAAUUAGAUCAAUGCAAAGGUUUACCCAUACUACUGGAUUACUUGGUUUGGUCGAAAUUCGUGAUGAUUUAUUACUCACGUUAUCCCGAGCAAUCAUAAAUAACAUACCUCAUAAAGAAGUGGGUAGAUCGCCUACACCUGAAACAGGAAAGCAGCCAUUUGGGUUUGGAUUUGUUGAAACAAUUAGUUCCAGUUUGAAUGAUGCAAAUGGUGCUGUUGUGAAAGAAGAGACUGACAUUAGUACUUCCCUGGUUCAUUCUCGUUACUUCAAUUCCCGUCAUAUAACUUGUAUUAGAGCCUUGGCAAACUUGGCAAUUUCACUUGGAUCUACUUUGAAGUCGUCGUGGACGAUUAUUUGGGUCACUUUCCAAUGGUGUGAUUAUUUCAUUAAUGGUCAUGAUGAAUUCUUUGGGUAUAUCAGAGGUAAAGUGAAAAUGGCCGGCCCUGAUGGAAAGAAACCCGAUUUAUCCAAUGCUGAUAUAGUUAAUGUUCAAACGUCUAUGAAAAAAUUGCUUGAGAGUAUUGGUGAUUAUAACGUGGAUUCAUAUUAUGAUGUUGUUGAUUCAUUGACUAGUUUGUCUAAUCGAGAAAUUGGCGAAGGCAAACAAGAGGAAGAAGAUACCGAUUUGCAUACAUGCCCCUAUAACAAGAGUUAUUUUUUGAACAAGUUGGUUCAAGUUUGUGAGAUUAAUGGGAAGAAGUUUUUAAUUGAAGAUAAUAAAUCGUGGGAGUUGAUUCAAGGCUAUUUUAUUGAAUUGGGUUCUUGUCGCACCUUGCAUUCCAACGUUAGGAUUUCCAUCACAGAAGCAUUCACUAAUGUUAUUAAAACAGUAUCACAUGAUGGUUUUGAACAACAAGAUGAUGAAGAAACCAUUCAUAUUACUUCAGAGAAAUCAUUGGAAAGUCUUGGUAAGUAUUUGAAUAGUUUGGUUACUUUAGGUCUUGCCCAGGAGUUACUUGUUUUGAAUUGUGAAACUGACAUUUAUUUGACUAUUUUGACUACUUUGCAUGAAUUAAUUGACAAGUAUGAUACAUUCUACCAGAAAUCAUGGAAUAAAGUGUUUCAUAUUCUUAAUUUACCCUUCACAAUUAGUGGGAAUGGAGCAACUGCUGAUAAGUUUAGAUUAUUGGUUGAAAAAUCGUAUGAUACGCUUAAAUUAAUCUUGGAUGAGUUCUUAUCAUCACUUCCAUUUGACCAAUACAAAUUGUUGAUUGAUACAUUGGGUAACUUUGUUGAUCAAAAAUAUGAUUUAAACAUCUCAUUCAGUUCCGUGAGCUACUUCUGGCUCAUUAGUGAUUCGUUGAAAUCAAGAAUCGUCAUGUUUAGUACAGAACGAACCAAACAACACAUUCCAGAAUCGGUAGUUCUGGAUGCGGAGUUGGUUGAGUUUAUCACCAGCCUGCCCGAAUCGCUUGAUUUGUAUACUUGUCUUGAUAUUUACUUGUUGAGCAGUCUUACCAAGAUAUCACAAGUUGAAGAACGGGCUCAAGUAAAGAAUGGGUCAAUUCAAACUUUUUUCCAAAUUAUUGAUGUCCACGGAAGUCUUCUUGGUAAUUGUUGGGAUUUGAUUUAUGAAAUUGUAUUGCCUAAGCUAUUUAGUAUGAUCCCUAAACCAGACGAAUUUGGGAAAGUAGGCGAUAAAACAGUACUUGAAAGUUAUAAUUUGAUGUUGGAUGGUUUUACUUCCUUGUACAACAAAUUCAUGAGGAAUAAGGAAAUUGAAGGAAUUGUUGUUAAAUGGCAAGCUUUGAUUGAUUAUCUCAAGAGAUUAUUGUCAUCAAACUCUGUUGAUUUAAAAUUACAAGUAUUUAAGUCAUUCCAUGAUCUUUUAGUAAGUGUUUAUGAACUUAGUGGUAGUUUGACGGAGAUUAGAAACAUGGUGUUUAGGUUGUGGGUUGAAGUUCCUGUUGAGUAUGACUUUAUCAAUAUAAAGUACCAGGAAUGUUUGGUAGAGUUGAUGAAAUGUUUCCCUGACUUGUACAAGAUUAUCAUUUCUAAGUUAACUUUGGAUGAGGCCAAUACAAUUAUAAACAUGUUUAACAAAUGUGCAAGGUAUCCUAUUCUUCCUACCAAUCAAUUGGACGAUGUUAAGCCAACUAGUUUACAAGCGUCUGUUAUUGAAAAUUUGAAUCUUAUCGAUGUUAAAGAAAGUCCAGCAAUUCAAUCAUUAGUAAUUCAGCAAUUGGGUGUUAUGAUCAUUUAUCCUUUUGGUAUUAGAAGCAGAAUUGAAUCGAAGCUAACCAGCAACAAGCUCAUCACUGAUAAAUUCAAAUUACCUACAUUUGUUGCCUUGGGACAUGUUUCUCUUGAGAUUUUAUUGGAAAAGUUAAAUCUGUUUGAAGAUUCCCAAUUCCUGGUAUUGAUUCAAGAUCGCGGUGCUCUUAAGUGCUUGAAAUCGUUUAUUGAAAUAAUUGAUAAUCACGCAGAAGGAGUAAAGUCACGAGAAAAGCCUGCUUGGAUUUUGGCUAAUCAGGGUAUUUACUUCAUCAUAAAACAAUUGCUUGCACAUGACUCUAGUGUACAAGAUGACGAGAUGUGGAAAUUGAUUAUCCAAGAUAUAAAACUUUGUUUCCAAUCGACACAAGAAAACCAAGAUGUGAAGAUCGAACAAUAUAAGGAACUAAGUGAAUUAAUAUUGCCUAAUUUGUUAGCGCGUACUAAAAAUGACUCAACUGAAUUGCUUUCUGAGUAUGUUGAGAUUCUUUAUGAUAAUUCCUUUUUGUAUGAGUUUAACGAAUGGGAAAAAACGGUAUUUGAUCAAUAUAAGAACAACAAUUCCAGUGACGAAUUGAUUGAACAACUUACAAACUACCCAUUUGAAGAAGUAUUUGGCACGACAACCCCAUUGGUAAAGUAUGACAAUUACAAGUCGAGAAUUACAUGUUUGCAAGAAUUGAUUAAGUUCUCAAAACCGUCAUUUUCAGGAACAACCAGAGAGUUGCAGACUAUUAGUCAGAAAUUUUUGGUGGCCAGGGCCAGUUUCUGCCUGAGAAGAUUUAUUAGCGAUCAACGAUUGUUGUACAAAUGUCCUAUACCGAUUGUUCAACAACGAGAGUUAAUGAUUAUCUUGAAUGGAUUAGGUGAAUUGCGUGGAGAACAUGACAACAAAACUAACCAAACAAAAUUGUAUCGAUUAUUAAUCAAGUUGAUACCUUAUGCUACCAGGAUAGAUGGGGCUGGCUAUAAGUUGACUAAGGUAUUAGAUACACUUGUUGUAUAG